AUGUCGCCUGCAACUCUUCAAGUCAAUUCCACCUCCAAAUUGCCGUCGCCGGGUUUCAACGCCGGUGCGCGCCCAUACCGGUCCCACAAAGUCCGCGCCUGCGACCUCUGUCGCAAACGCAAAUCCCGAUGCACGGUUGAUAUUCCAGGACAGUCAUGUCUGCUAUGUCGCGUGCAGGGUGCCGAUUGUCACUACCAGGAGGAGCAAAGCCAAGACUCGUCAGUGUUGAGCACAACGGAAUCCAAGUCAUGGCCCGGAGGUCCACCGAUGGAGCAGGUGACGGGGCAAAAGCGCAAGCGUAGUCCUGAUGGACUUCCUAGUUCGCGACAAUCGACCAAUGGUCCUAGUCCUCAGGGUACAAUUUCAUCUUCUGGCCGCCGGGGAAGCGAUGCGCGGCGCAAAGACGAUGAUCCCCAUAAUGAGUCAGUGCUCAUCGUGGGACCGAUGGUCGCGGAGGACGCGCAGGUCAUUGAGAAGCACAUGCCUCCUGAACGGACCAGUCUUUCCGAAGAACCCAACAGUCACCCGUAUAACAUCUACUCGAGCGAUCCUAGGAAACCCGUCCUGUAUACCACCAUCUCACGCCGGAGGAAAGGUAUGCGGCGCGGGGUUCCUCCGGGAGAAAACCAAAGAGAGAUUUUGGAGCAGAUUCUUGGACCCUUCAAGCACGAUCUUGUGCGACUCUUCAUCGACCGGUUCAAUGUCGCUUUUCCUAUAUUCGACGGCGAGGCGUUCUGGGAAUCCUAUACUACGGACGGGUUAGAAGACCCACCAGCUUCGCUGAUAUGUCAAGUCUAUUCUAUGUCACUGGUUUAUUGGAAGCAUGCCCCGAAACUCGCAUGUCAUCCCAAGCCUGACGUUCGAUACGCCGUCAACAUGACUGUUGCCGCAUUGCACGAAGAAUUCUCUGCCCCAGGACUUUCGACAAUCAGCGCUGCCCUAAUUGACCUGACUGGAAGGCCGAUUUUCUCCAUGACAGGAAAUGCUAUCAGCUGUGGAAGAAUGCUCUCACUUGCCAACUGCCUUGGAUUGAACAGAGACCCGAGCAUGUGGAAGCUCUCACAGUCGGAGAAGGACCACCGUAUCCGUCUUUGGUGGGGAGUAGUUAUUCACGAUCGAUGGGGAAGUUUCGGCCACGGCGUCCCGCCGCAGAUUGCGAAAACUCAAUACGAUGUACCCUUGCCUACUGUCGAAGGGCUGGUGCCCACGCAUGUUCGCAGUACUGAGCGCGUGCGUGCGGCUCGCUGCCAUAUUGCGCUUUGUAAAUUGACUGAGAUAUUGGGCGAGCUGCUACCACUGGUUUAUGGCCUGCAAGCGAAGCUGGCACGUGAGAGCUCGAAGAAAUUGCGACAAAUCCGGACCGAUCUUGACUCGUGGGAGGAUUCUCUGCCCGACUGGCUACGGUUGCCUACUCAAAACCGCGGAGACCAGUUACAUGCAUCUAGCAGCUUGCAGCUUGCAUUUUUAGCGGUCAAGAUGCUGGUCAGUCGAGUGGAGUUGAAUGAGGUGAACAACGCCGAAACAGACAAUCCCGAAGCUCGUCGGUACUUCCAAACGGAGUGCCGCAGAUCAGCAGAGGAAAUUGUGCGAUUCAUAUCAUCUCUGAGAAAAGAGAACUUCAAGGAAUUCUGGCUGCCUUACAGCGCAUUCCACCUGACCUCGACUGCGACCCUUCUAGUUCGUUGCGCCCUCGAAACGAAUGAUGGCGAAGUCGCCCGGUCCUGUCUCGCCAACGUCGAAACCCUCCGUACCGUUCUCCGACGGGUCCAAGAAGAGGAAGACUGGGAUGUAGCGGACAUGUGCCUGGAUCACUGUGAGCGCAUCAUGCACCGGUUACCUGGCACUGGUACCACGACAGAGCAUGCGAUGACGAACUCGAUGGCCGACAAUGGACUUGUUAACCCAGCCGCAAUCUCGCUGCCUGAGACGCAAACCAACAAUGACAUUGUGGACGAUAUGAUGUCCAUCUCCAAUACCUUUGGUACAAUGGAUGGCUUCCCAUUCGACAUGACAGGCAUCUGGGAUGUUUCUGUCUUCCAAGAUGUCAACCUGUCUUGA